UUCAGGCUGCCCGUUUCAAUCCUCACUUUUUCUCUUUUUUCGAAAUUACAAUAAUAAUGAUAACCCGUGGACCGGAAGAUGGUUGCAAAGCACGGCACACGGUAACAUUUCCAAGCUGUGCGGUUGUGUCUGCUACAUUUGAUUAUGUAUCUGUUCUCUCUUCGCCUUUCUUUGAGCAAUGGGUAGAGGCUAGAGUGAGCUGAUGCCAGAGAACAGGUCCACUGCGGUGGAUCAAGGACCGCGGUCUGGGUCUGGGACUUUUUGACUGUCCUGACUGUCCUCAGUAGUGUCCUGAAGAUUCCUGUCAUAGACUCAUGGGCCAGGCGUGAGGCGUUGAGGCGUUAUUUAUUUAGAGUGGCUUGAGAGACUUCUAAACUUUCAACCAACAACGUCCAACAACUUCAAAACUUCACACAAGACACGGACUCACGGAGACAAAACCUCAGGCACUUGAGACAUUGGGCAGCGCUACCGUUUAGUAUGGGCCGAACUAUGAAUUAAUUAUUGCCUUCGCCCAUAAUCGGGCUGGUUCUCCAUCCGACAACGUUGUCUGGUUGGGGGUACGGUGCAGAACCGUGGAUGUUAAUGCGAUGAUAUUACUAAAUUUCUUGCUUAAACUUUUAGGGUUAAUUUUUUUCAAAUCUGUUUCUGGUUCUCCGAUAUUUCGACCUGUCUGCCCUACCCGCCCUAUGUAAAAAGAAGUGAAGAGAUAGGUGUUCGGUCUUUGUCUGGUUCUCCCCCGGCGCUCUUUUUGUCCAUGUCAUUCGCAUUUCCCUGAUAUCGUCCCGCAUUAUCCCAUUUUUAAUAAGGUUCUCCUACCAUUCGUUGAUUGAGGACUUUCUGCUUCUUCUUCUGCUUCUUCUUCUUCUUCUUCUUCUUGCCUUAUUUUGUUCUUAUUACGUCUUUCUUUUCUCCCAGCUCGUAAACGCCACACUCCCCUUGUUGGCCUUAUACACAUCACAUUCGUUGUUCGAAUCCUCGAGUCCGCGAAACCGUCCUCUUGUUUGUCACGCUCCUCCCAUAAUACGUCUGGGCAUCCGUUGUCUAUAUUUUACCACGGGGGAUCCUCGGGUCCGGGAAUGACAUUCCCCUCUACCGCUUAGAUGAGAGUGUCUGCUCGUUUGCCUAUGUUCCUGUGUCAGUCAUUUUGGGGGGAAACCAGGGACCUUACUACAUAUACAACCGCUUGAUUAGCGUAUCCCAUCGUUAUCAUAUCGCUGCCGAUCCUUAUGCAAGGCGCUAUAUUAGCUCGCCAGGACGGGGGAAAGACCCCCGCAGACCAGCUCCUGGAGCUGAUCCGGAAUCCAUUCAGCGCUGCUUUCCAACUCAAUGCCUUCUGGGCUUCGUUUGGUACAUCAGUCGGACUGACGCUUUCCCUUGGCUUACUCUUCUCCCUCUUCCGUCCCCGCAACUCGCUGGUUUACGCCCCUAAAAUAAAGCAUGCGGACCAGAAGCACACCCCUCCUCCCGUGGGGAAGGGCCUAUUCGCUUGGAUUACCCCGCUUAGAAACACCAAGGAGAGCGAGCUCAUCGAUUGUAUUGGUCUUGAUGCUACAGUGUUCUUGCGCUUCACCAGAAUGUGCCGCGAUAUGUUUUUGGCCUCGAGCGUCAUCGGCUGUUUCGUUAUGAUCCCCAUAAACAUCGCUAAGAGCACCCCGCCAGUGGGUAUCAAUGCGUUCGCAACUAUGACCCCAGAGUAUGUAUCAUACAGUGCAAUUUGGAGUCAUGUCGUUUGUCUCUGGCUUUUCAAUGCCAUCGUCGCCUAUUUUCUAUGGCGCAAUUAUAAAGCUGUCUCCACUUUGAGAAGACAUUAUUUUGAAAGUCCUGAGUACCAGAAGAGUCUACAUGCUAGAACCCUUUUGGUUAGACAUAUACCGCCCGAUUUCAGAACAGAUGAAGGCCUCCUACGCUUGACGGACGAGAUCAAUCCUACCCCAUCAGUACCCCGCGCUUCGAUUGGCCGCAACAUGAAGGGUCUACCAAAACUUAUCGCAGAGCAUGACAAGAUGGUUCGACAACUUGAAGAAGUACUUGCCAAAUACUUCAAAAAUCCGGAUCGACUCCCCUCCAAACGUCCUACCUGCCGUCCUUCAAAAGAAUAUCAGGCGGAGCAUGGCUCUGAGAAAGUCGACGCCAUCGACUACCUUACAGGCCGAAUUCGCGACCUCGAGGACGAGAUCAAGUAUGUUCGGGAGUCAAUCGAUACCCUGAACGCUAUGCCCUACGGCUUCGUUAGCUGGGAAUCGAUUGACGACGCCCAUGUAGCGGCCUAUGCUGCUCGAAAUAAGCACCCGCAAGGCAUAUCGAUUACUCUUGCCCCGCGACCUUAUGAUAUUAUCUGGGAAAAUCUGGCCCUUACGAGAAAGAUUCGGAAAAGGAAACGUAUAAUCAAUUUUUUCUGGUCUACCGUGUUGACCUUGUUGUGGAUCGCACCUAACGCCAUGAUUGCCAUCUUCUUAGCUGAUCUGUCCAAUCUGGGUAAGGUCUGGAAAGGAUUUCAAGAUGAGCUUCAUGCAAAUCCCAAGACCUGGGCCGCGGUGCAAGGUAUUGCAGCUCCAGCGUUGACAUCCCUGGUCUAUCUCGUCUUACCCAUUAUAUUCCGGCGCCUCUCAGUCCGGGCUGGCGACAUCACGAAAACAUCGCGGGAGCGCCAUGUCAUUCAUAGUUUAUAUGCUUUCUUCGUUUUCAACAACCUGGUGGUAUUUUCAAUAUUCUCGGCGAUUUGGGCAUUUGUGACCGCAGUGAUCGAAGCCAAAAAUGACAACAACAACGUUUGGGAUGCGAUCAUCAAGGGACGGAUCCAUUACCAUGUUAUGUCAGCCCUGUGCCACAUCUCCCCCUUUUGGGUCACCUGGGUUUUGCAGAGAAACAUUGGCGCUGCCAUCGAUCUUCUCCAGGUCGUGAAAUUGGCUUGGAUCUGGUUUACCAAACAGUUUAUGGCGACGACUCCUAGGCAGAUUAUCGAAUGGACUGCUCCGGCUCCAUUUCCCUAUGCAAGUUAUUACAACUACUUCCUAUUUUAUGCGACGAUAGCCCUCUGUUUCGCGACUCUGCAGCCAAUUAUCCUUCCUGUGACGGCCAUUUAUUUCGCCCUCGAUUCCUGGCUUAAGAAAUACCUCCUUCUCUACGUUUUUGUCACCAAGACCGAAUCCGGUGGCCAAUACUGGCGUGUCCUCUUCAAUCGUAUAGUAUUCGCAAUGAUCCUCGCCAACUUCGUAACUGCAGUUGUCAUCAAAGCCAAGGGAAGCUGGACAAUGGUCUCCUGUCUAAUUCCCCUCCCCUUCCUAAUGCUCGCGUUCAAAUGGUACUGUAGAAGAACCUUCGACGAUGGCUUAACAUACUACCGCCGCAUGAUCCCCGCCGACGCAGAGUCCCUCGCCCCCGGGAAAGGCAGGAAGAAAAACUCUGAAAGAAUCGCCUCCAAAUUCGGCCACCCAGCACUCUACAAGCCCCUGAUGACGCCAAUGGUCCACGCCAAAGCCGCCGGCGCGCUGGAGAAGAUCUUCCAAGCACAAGGCGGUGGCGCACAGGUCGCCAACGAGUACUCAGACAUAGCGCUACAGAAGAUGUCCUCGAACGAACCCGGGCGAACAUCCAGCCAUCCCCACGAUGCGGCCCCGGCCCCCUUCGAAGUCGUCCAGGAAAACCAACUUGACUUCGCAUAUUUCAAGGACCGGGCCGACUUCCGCGGCGAGUUCGGCGGCGGCAUCUACGGUCGCCCGGAGGACCUGAUCAGUGAGCGCUCGCACACGCCCCGCAGCUUCCUCGCCGGGUUUGAUUCCCCUGGCUCCUCGCGCGCUUCGUCGCCUGUGCGACACGCAAUGGCACCCGGAGGAAGAGGGCCAGUCGUUCCGCCCGGCCACCACCUGCACACCCAGCCAUUCGAUAGCCAAUCCGUUAUUCCUCCAGUACCGAACAUCCCAGAGUACGCUACAUAUCGAUCGUCGUCGGUGGCGACGACGGAUGACAUUAGUAUUAAUAAUAAUAUUAAUACUAGUCACAAAGCAUUCUACCGGACGAUGACGACGGAUAGUGAGAGCGAGAGGGCGCUGCUGAGUAACGUGCAAGACCCACCUGUGCGGCAUUCUGCUGAUAUUGCGUCGUAUGAUGGUCGGGAGCGGAGUCCGUCGACGGGUCCGCAUGGGUGACUGCCACCGCGGGCGCCGCGGGGUUAAGGAGCUACGUCUUAUGAGGCGUAUGUAGGGUAUGCGAUAUUGAACUGAUUCCCGCCGCUUCACUUUUUCGUUUUUGUCUCUAUAUUUACCGUUGAAGGGCAAAUAGUCAUGUUUUCUUUUUCUUCUUUUUUUUUGGUUGCAUUUAUGUUAAUAUUGAAGGAGAGGUUCUUUUUCUUCUUAUAUAUAACUUAAUUGCUUUUUGGGUACUAAUGUUGAAUGAUACCUGGGAGGCUUAUGGAUUGGGGGCGUCUGUUUUAUAAAUGGUUGUUCUUAUUUGGCUGGUGGCUUCUGGAAGGUGAUGCUGGUGCCAUUUUGUUUUUGGUUUUUUUUCCUGCCAUUUAGACAAAUGUCAUAUGGGCGUUUUUCCUCAUUUUGCGGUAGAUUGCCGCGAAAUGAAUGAUAGACAGUUUCAUCCCUCCGGUGUAUUGGAAUGGUGGGCUGGAGAAAGCGGAGGAAUGUGCGUAUAUAUAUACACAUGCUCCAUGGUGUUACUAGAUAUACGCAUACAACUACAUAAAGCAUAAUUUUCUCAA